GUGCAAUAGACACAGUUCUCUUUUAUCGCUUUCGGCGUUCGGUCAUAGUGUUCUGUCUUACGCACCUACUCGUUACUCAGCAUGCGUGGAUUUGCCGUGGUCUUAGCUUUGUUAGCCGCACUGGCUUUCCUCUACCAAAGCGAAGCAGCGGCCAUCGAUGAACCAGCCCCCGCAGCCGCAGAGGAGUCCAAAGGUGCCACUAAUCUCUUGGACGUAGACGCGGGCGGCGAGCACAGCAGCGAGUCGCAGAGAUCGGCCCGCCAAUAUGGCUACGGAUGGUCAUAUGGUUGGGGUCAGCCAUGGAGCUACUACAGCAACAGCUGGGGCCGCCCGUGGGGUGGCUACGGUUGGGGUGCAUGGGGCGGUUACGGCGGUGGCUGGGGCCGCCCAUGGAAUUACUGGGGUUGAGUCAACGGUAUGAUGUCAUAAUUUGCAACUUGUGUGAAUUAUGUGAUUAAGAUCAGAAUUGGAGAAAAAUAUGGCUUGUAAUUAUUAAAUAUGGCUACUAGCGCCUUGAGUUGAGCAAUAUAUGUAAAUGCAUAUACCAAAAUAAAUAAAAAUUGGUUUUGAUUGGAA